AUGGGGCAGAAUUAUUAUCCCAAGCUAGUCGCGUUAGUGGCUCUCUGCAUAACUUCAACUAUUCUAGGCUCCACGGAAGCAGCAACGGGUGCGGCGCAGCUACGGUUGAACCAGAUUCAGCUGGUGGGGGUUCACAACUCGUACCACGUGCAGCCUGUGAAGAAACUUCUUGAUCUCGCUUUAAGACUGUCAGACUCCUUCCAAGGCUGGCAAUACACGCACAAGCCUAUCCCCAAGCUCCUGGAAAAAGGCGUCCGGAGCUUCGAAUUCGACGUGUUUCCGGAUCCUGAAGGUGGCCGCUACUACAAUCGCGAUGGCAUGCGACUUAUUGACCAGCCCACGGCGUCGAAAAUCCCCGCUUUAAAAAAACCAGGUUACAAGGUAAUGCACGUGCAGGACGUGGAUUACCAAGCCACGUGUCUCGCGUUCGUUGACUGCCUGAAGCAACUGAAUUCUUGGUCGAUGAAAAACCCGGGCCAUCUGCCAAUCACGGUGAAGGUGGAGGUCAAAUACUCGUCGCUCGUUAACGAAAUCGGAUCAAUCGCAUCCAUGAUUCUCCCCAACGCGGCGAUUCCACCGGAAAUCACCCCAGCCUUGCUGACGGAUCUGGAGAAAGAGGUGCUGUCAGUAAUCCCUAGGUGGAAGAUUCUGAAACCGGAUAAUGUGAGGGGAAAUUACCCUACACUGGCAGGAGCUGUGAAGACUAAGGGGUGGCCGUCCGUGGCUGUUGCAUCAGGGAAAUUCAUGUUUGUCCUGGUGGGGAACGCCAUUGAUACGUACAAGCAGAAGGCACCGUCGCUGCAGGGGAAGCUGUUCUUUACUGGGCCUACGACAGGAGGGACACCAGACGCUGCUGUGGUGAGCAUGGAAGUUGCCUAUAGCUCUGCUAAGGAGGACGUGCAGCAAUUGCUUAAAGACAACGUGAUUGUAUGGACGAGAGCGGAUGCGGAUACGGUUCAGGCAAGAGCGAAUGACGGGACGAGGAGGCAGGUGGCGCUGACGUCAGGUGCACAGAUAGUGCACACGGACUACCCUGCUGCUGAGAGGCCUAACCCGUUUGGCACGCCUUACUUUGUAGGGUUGCCCAUGGGAAGGAAGGCCAUGUGCAAUCCUGUGACGGCGCCAAAGUGGUGUCGCCAUUAUUUCCUCAAUGAGCCCAUUAAGGCAUAG